AUGAAACCCCGCCUUGACAAAGAUGCAUGGAUUUCCGUUCUGAAGCUGUCAACCCAGUGGAGAUUCAACGAUGUUCGCAAGUUGGCAAUUCGGGCGUUGACACCUUUGCUUGUGGACCCGGUGGAGCUCGACGAGGCAGCAAAGUUGGGUAUCGACAUUGCUUUCAAGUUGACCAAUAUCAUCAUUAAUCACUUGCGAGAUAUGAUGCCGGCGAAGCCCGUACCGCCUUCUCGAGACAUUCCGCCUCCAAUCGCAGUAGUUCUGGGGGAUAUGCCUGUACGAUGGACCCCGCCCCCGGCAAUGAUCCACGUCCAACCACCUUCAAUCGCUUCCCGAAGUCCAUCUCCAGUGUCACGACCGUUUCCACCUGAACCCCAAACUCCACCGCCUGUCCUCCAUAGGACGAUAUUAUCAUCUUUCGAAUCUGACUUUGCGGACCUCAGCGCUUGGCAACAACAGUUCCUGACGCGGGAGGAACGGGCAGAGAGGGAACGGGUCAAGAAGGAGAGGAUUGAACGCGAGGCCGAAGAGCGCAGGUUGAAGGAAUUGAAAGAAGCAAAGAGGGCACGCCUUGCGGAACUCCAGCGGAUGGAAGGCGAAUCGCAGCUAAGGAAAGAAGAGGAGGAGCAGCUUAGGAAGGAACUCGAGGAACUCGAGCAGCCCAAGAUCGACGACGACGAUGAUUGGAGUGCAUUGCUACGGCCUACUGGGAGGAAGAAAAAGAAAAGGUAG